CCACCAAUAAAGAUGGCCGUUUCUUGGUACUCAGUGGUUUUUCUUGCCGCUUCCGCUCUUGGUGCUUCUAUCGCACCGAGCAAUUAUAUUUUGGAGAAAUCAGCAUGUGGAAGAGUAUGGGUGACGGUCCAUUCACCGGCAAUACGAUUAACAGGUGGAAGAAAUUUGCUUGAUGCUAUCGAACUGAAUUGGGAUUUCAGCACGUGUUCAGAUACACCUAUGCAGAUAGGUCUUUUCAACGACAGACCGUUGUCGUGGAAGAACGCUUUAGCCACCUUCCCCGUAAACUCAGUAGCGGGUUUUAUUAUUACGAACAUUUCUCUGGGCGAAGGCAAUUUACCUGCAGGCUGGGAAAGUGGCAUUGGCAUCAAAGGUCCUCAUUGUCUUUGGCCAUGGGUUGGUGCAGGAAACAGUUUCAUACAGUCAUUCAACUGCCUGAAAAUACAACCGACAUGGAUGGAAGAUAACGCGAACAAAAUCAACAAACUGCGUAUAGGCGAACUAGCAAUACCUGGCACGCACAACGCUGGAGCUUGGCGGUUCGACACGGAACUCAGCACAGUUGCGCGGGAUAGUUUCGUGCUAUGUCAAGACCGCUCCAUCUGGGCCCAACUAGUUUACGGCAUCAGAUAUUUUGACUUCCGCAUCGCGUAUUAUGACUUUUAUGACCGUGAAGAAGACAGGUAUUGGCUGAAUCACAACCUCAUUCGAGUCCGUCCGUUACUGCCAUUAUUAAGAGAAAUAAGAGCAUUCCUAGAUAGUACUAGAGAGGUUAUAUUCCUUGACGCCCACCACUUUCCUGUCGGUUUCUACCAUCAGAAUGGGGCGCCAAUUCAACAGGUGCACCGAGGUCUGCUAAAUCUAGUCCAAAGGGAGUUAGGGCCUCAUAUAGCGCCUGCGACGCAGUUUUCUACUAAUCCUGGCACAAGAGGGCCAACUCUUCAAACCUUCGUAGAUGCUGGUAGACGACUUCUAUUCAGUUAUGUCGAUAACAGUGUUGUUGCUGGUAACAGAUGGUUAUGGCCGAUUUUGCCUCAUCUUUGGGCCAACACUAAUAGCCCCACAGAACUUUUCCGUUUCUUAGACAAUAUGAUCGAUAGAUCCCCGCUGCCCAAUGCUCGCUCGCCACUAUUUUCUGCCAUGGCACAGACAACUCCCACAGUGUUAGAUAUCCUACUAGUAAGAGGGUCAUUAAGAGAAAACGCCGACGCUGUUAAUAGAAACGUCACAGCACGCCUUAAAACCCGUUGGCGUAAUAACGCGAACAUUGUUUCUACAGACUUCUUCCUGGGCAGCGAUGUCACCGAUGUCUCAAUAGCCCUCAGUGUUGAACGUUCAAAUCGGUUAUGACGAAGUAGAGGGUUACGCUUCCGAAGCGGCGGUAUUAUUAUAAACAAGACAAAUCGCCCAAGACUGCAAACUUAUGGGCGGCGCUCGUCAGGACUGCCACUAACUAGGUACCACCGAAACCUUUCUAAAACGCUUCGUUGAUAUUGUAUAAAUUAAACUAUUGAUUAAAUAAUGUCACUUCGUUUACUGACCGGAUUCUCCGGUGCAUUAACACUGCCUCACUUUUCAAAUAUACGAUUUCGGCGAACAAUGAAGUGAGAUAAAUUAUAAUUAUUAUAUUUGUUAAGUGUGAACUAGUCCAUCGUUCUUUGUUAAGAAACGAUUUAU